GAGGAGAGAAUCAUGUACAGUAGUAUACUCAGUAAACACAUCAUCAUCAUAAAAAAAAGAGAUAGAUAGGCCUAGUUGUUUUAGUGUAAGUUCUGGAAAAAGUAAGUGUUUUUAUUUUCAGUUAUGGACAAACUGAAAAGGGUUUUAAGAGGGGAGGAAGAAGACGACGAACAGGAUAUUAUCACAAAGGUAUAUGAUGGAUCUACUCUAAGCUGGUCAACACGGUUAAAGGGGUUCAUAGCCUGCUUUGUGAUUGGUUGCACACUGUCUAUUUUGUCAACCGUCAUGUUAGUUCUGCCCUCAUCCAGUUCACUUCGGUUGUUUGCAAUGUUCUACACACUCGGUAAUUUGGCAGCCUUUGGCAGUACUUUCUUCUUGAUGGGGCCAGUUCGUCAGCUGAAAAAUAUGUUCAAACCAACAAGGCUUGUGGCAACGAUCCUUGUGUUUCUUCUUCUUGGUCUCACCUUGUGUGCAGCAUUAUGGUGGGAAAAUGCUGCAUUGGCAAUCAUUUUCUGUAUUGGUCAAUUUCUAGCCCUAACCUGGUACUCACUGUCUUACAUUCCAUAUGCACGAGAUGCAGUAACCAAGUGCUUUACAUCAUGCCUAGCUUGAAGAGCAACCCAUCACAUACUUGUAUAUAACACGUCAGACAACUUAACUUAUUUUAAUCAGUUAAAUUUGACUCUGUAUAUAUUACGUAUUCAGGUUGGAGAGAUUUAUUGAAAAAUUAUGAUAUAGUGCGCAAGUCUAUUAUACAGUAUAGAGUAAAGACAAACAUAUAUUUUAAAGAGAAGUUGCAAAAAAUUGAUUAUGUCAUCAACUGAUUACUGCAAUGCAUGCUGGGCAGGGGUGGCACCAGCCGAGAGAGGGGCCCCAGGCCCUCUUCAUUGGGGAGAAAAAAUAAAUGUAUUUUCUACAUAUAAGUAGACUCUAAAAUUGAUUAAUGAGCCUUUAUUUUGAUAUUGAGCGCUGCCCAGCCACGCCCACUUUGGUGAGGGACAUCAGACUCCCGUCGGGCUAAUGCUGGGAGGAAAAAGCGGCCUAACAAGCUUGACUAUAAUUGCUUGUGUUUAAUCCAAAAAUGUGGGUGCCUCUGGAUAGGUGGCUUUGGUUCCCUCUAGGCUGGGUUUUGGUUUGUUUCAAGGCUGGCAAUCGA